AAUGGUAAAGCUUUUUUAUCCCUAAAAACAAUAUAGAUUCAAGAGCCAUAAAUUAAUCCUCAACUUGGUCCAAUUAUUGCUAAGCAAUUAUAAAUGAUCAUCAAAUAACCUAUUGAUGGUAAAUUUAUAUCUCAUUCUUCUUAUAGGUGUCCAUGUAAUUUUUAAUGAAUAAGAUGUUUUUGAUAUUUAAGCAGAUAUUGAUGGUCCAGGUAAAUACUUAUUAAUAAAUAUAGUCGACACUCCAUUUUAAGGAGGAGUUUUUAGAUGUAAAUUGAUUUUGCCACCCCAAUUUCCUUAGAUGGCACCAAAAGGUAAACUAAUUAAAUAUGUUAGGUUUAUUUAACACUAAAAUCUUUCAUCCAAAUGUGUCAGAAAAAGGAGAGAUUUGUGUCAAUACUUUAAAGAAAGAUUGGAAUCCAAAUUAAUGGUCAUUAAAAAAUAUAUUUGAAGUUAUAAAGUGUUUGUUGAUCGUUCCUUUUCCAGAAAGUUCUUUAAAUGAGGAAGCUGGAAAAUUAUUUAUGGAAAAUUAUGAUGAAUAUUUUAAAAGAGCAAAAUUACUUACAAAUAUUUAUGCAUCGAAGUAAGAUGCAAAUAUAUUAAAAGGAAAUAAUUAAGUAAAUUUAUAUUCUGAUAUUUAGAUUGUUAUUGAUGAAGCUGAUAAAAAAAAUAAAGUAAAUUAAACUUAACAGAAAAAAGAAAAUGAUUAAAAGAAAUGGCUAAAAAGAAUAUGA